GAAGCGCGUCGGGCGGGGCGGUGUCGCGGUGUGACGUCUGUGGUGCCCAUGGCAGAGGGCAGAGGACGGGGACGUGGGGUGUGAUGGCAUCGUCGGUGGUGCGGGCGACGGUGCGGGCCGUCAGCAAGAGGAAGAUCCAGGCUACCCGCGCCGCCCUCACCCUGACCCCAUCAGCCGUCCAGAAGAUAAAACAACUUCUUAAAGAUCAGCCUGAGCAUGUAGGUGUGAAAGUAGGUGUUCGUACAAGGGGAUGCAAUGGACUUUCUUAUACAUUAGAGUAUACAAAGUCUAAAGGAGACUCUGAUGAAGAAGUAGUUCAAGAUGGCGUUAGAGUGUUUAUUGAGAAGAAAGCGCAGCUGACACUUCUAGGAACUGAAAUGGACUAUGUAGAAGAUAAAUUGUCCAGUGAAUUUGUCUUCAAUAAUCCAAACAUUAAAGGAACAUGUGGCUGUGGAGAAAGCUUUAACAUCUGAAAUCUCAGGACUACUACUUUGACUUGAAACAUCACAAAACACUUGCUAUUUGGCUUUCAGAAGCAGAUCAAUUUUCUUCAGGUUCUAGGGUGUGCAAAGUCUGGACACCACUAAGGAAAAUAAAGUUAAGUCAUGUUGAAUAUGUAAAUUGUGUGUUAAGUUCCAGCACUGAUGCAGUUAUGCUGUAAUUAACUUGUGAUGAGUUGGAAUCCAGAAGGUAAGAACAAAGUGCUAUCACAAUGUCACUGUACUUCUACAUGCCAACAAAAUAAAACUCUGCUGUUCUUUUCCUUUGCAAUUUUCUUUGUCCACUCUACUCAUUCCCCGUCCAAAACUGAUGCAAUUUGCAAAAGUAUAUUGCCCAUGUAUUCUGGUUUGAUUUAGGGAAGGGGGAAAAAAAAUCACCGUUUAUAGGUGUUCUCUUAUAUACACAGACGUGUGGUCUUCAGCUUCAAAGUUCACUGAUUGUGUAAAUGCUUACCUUCUUUUCUUAGGUUUCUGAUACUUUCAUAUUUUUAUGUGUAGGUUUUCUGGUAGCCUACUUUCCUCUAAAUCCUGAGAAGUCCAAAAAGAAGUUUGUGUCUUAGUAUAGUGGUAGGCUCUUAUAGGACUGCUUGAAGAAAUACUUAAAAAUGUGCUAACCGGCUUUUAAUCCUGUUCCUUGCCUUGUUGAAGGCACAGCCUAUGUUGUACUUAUUUUGUUUUUGAAAAUCACUAUGUUCAGGUAAUGGAGUGCUAAAGCAGGAUACAGGCCUUGUUCCUCGUGUUUCUGUUGUUUAUCUUUCUUGACUUACAUUGCAAUGGUGUUAAAACUUCUCAAAAAUUUAAUUCUGUGUUCACAGAAUAUGUUUGUAUUCUCAUUAUGCUAUCUGUCUACCAAAGCCACAAGCUGUCUUUUGGGGGAGAAAAAUCUUUAACUUUUUUUAACUGUACAUGCUACUCAUUCUGUUAGAACUUGAACUCUGCAUAGUGACUUUGUGGCACUAGGAUUUUUCAUUUUAAAAGCUCACAGUAACUUCUAUGUAACUGCUAACCAGUUAGUUUAGUAACAGGAAACCAUUUAUCAUUUGAAAAGAAGAAAAACUUUCAUUGGAUAAUUGUUUUAAAAAGAAUUCUGUCAGUAAUUAAAAAAUAUAUACAUAGAAUGCUAUUUUUUUUCUUUGGAGUUUAAGCUUACUUUCUCCUAAUCAAAUUAUUCCCUUUUUAAGGCAGCGUUUUUCAAGCUGAUGGUCUUCCACUGGAAAUCAGGCAGAAGUGUAAACAUUUCUCCAGGCUUUCCCAAAGAUGAUAGGAGAAAAGUACGGUUCCAUCCUUUUAUCUCUAAUUUCCUUGAUUGUCUGCAAAGGAUACUGUGCAGCUAAGUUACUCCCUUGUGUAGACAAGACAGUAACUUGUUAAUCUGGCAAACUAACCUGAACACUUAGUCAAAAGGGUGGAAAUAGAAAGCAGAGGAUGCUGGGGAAUAGGCUCUUAGCAUCAUAUACGCUUGCCUGUGAACAACUUCGCAGUAGUGACGUGCUAAAGAUAUGGAAUUGCUGCCAGUUAGAUCUGGCUUGAGAAAAGAUGUAGAGGCAAGAAUAAAAAUGAAAAAUCAUUCUUGGUGUGUAUUGCAUAGGAACAGAAGGCCAGAAUUUCCGGAGCUAUAAUUCAAUAUUAGGUGCUUGAGUUUUAGUUGUAUACCAGGUCACCUUUUGAUAUAAAAACACUUUUUCCUUCAACAGUCAAUUGUUGUACACAGUUACUUUAUUUUAUACAGUAAUUCAGGAGUAGCUGGUAUAACAUUGUUUACGUGAAUUUAUAGUAUCGCAAACCCUUUCAUCUUGCCAAACAAAAAUCCAGUUAAUGUGAUAGUAUGUCUAAAACUCCAAGCUAAGGGCAUUUCUUCAGAUUGCGUUUCUGUGCUCCUUGCUAGCAGAUGAGACUAUGAAUGUAGUAGCACUGGUGUUUGCUAAGAGUGCUUUGACUUUACCUGUUUCACUUGUUUCAGUGUGCAUUUGGUUUUGGGGAUUUUUUUGUACCUGUGCACACACAGUAAUCUUUUUCAUGUGUUUUGUGUAUAUGCCUUGAAUGGAAGUUUGCAUUUUCAUACUCUCCUGAAACAAUCUUCUAAAACAUGUUAAUUUACUGACACAUAACGCACAGUCUGUUAAAGUAAGCUUCUGCUUAAAUACUGUUUACUGUUCUGUAGACACAUGGUUUUGUCAGUUGAUACAAUUUUGUGCAAUACUGUAUGUAGAAUUCUGAGUUAUAUUAAUAAAUAUUGCCUGUUGGUAAAUGAGAAA